AGGCGAAGGAACGCAGAUGAAUUGAAUGUUUAAACAAAUGCAAUGUUUACCAAGUUUUGAAUAACAUUCGCAGUUUGACACCCCCAACACACACACACAAAGGAAGUCAACUUUAUAAUUUAAAAAACAGAGUCGCUAUAAAGAUUGACUGUAAAUGGGAUAAAUUUUAUGUUUUCACAACGAUACGCGUCGGCAUUCAUCAAGUUUGCAUCGUCGUGAAUUCGUGUGUAGAGUUGUACAAAUGUUUAUAUGAUCCCCACAAUUACGGAAACAAGGAAAACUGACAAGCUUGCACCUUGACAGGUUCUAAUUGAGCCUGUUCUGGGUGGGGAUUGGAUUAAUCCCCGAGAAUAAGAUAUUUGAAGCUAGUCUCUAGAAACAUGAGUAUAUCAAACAAAAUGUCACUUGGUCGUCAGCAGAUCACACAGUGAGAUAUAGGGAAUAAAAGGGCACCUCUCCUCGUAAUCACGUCGACUUAAAAGCGUGAUUGUUCGCAAGUGGUUUGGAGAAGACAAAGCUGUCGCUGUGAGUUCUGUAAACAAUUGUUAAUGGCUAUCGCAUUGAGCGUAUGGUUAGUAUGUUCCUUACUGUGGAUCAUGCGGACAUCGAUAUUGGUUUAUUGUGUUGGCCCGCCAAGAUUCAGAGGUAAGCCGCGGACGCAUUAUAGCGCAUAUCUCGGCCAUUCUGUGAAACUGAAAUGUCCAGUCACUGGUACGAGAGAUCCAAUUGAAAAUCGAACGUUGGUUGCUUGGCUCGACAAUAAUGGAGAGAUUAUUCAAAACACAAAGAAUCAUUGGUCAAGAUUUCUGAUUAGGAACCACAAACAUCUGAAGAUCGUCAACGUCAAAAAAGAGGAUGCCGGGAUGUAUAAUUGUUCUGCUUACAAUUCUUACGGAGCAGCUGUUUUGUCGAUAAAAUUGAAAGUAAAAAGCACUAGAAAACCUGUCCGAGGCAUGCCUCCAAAGUUCAAACAAGUUCCAAAGAAUAGAGAAAUGUACAAAACUGGUGACACCGCCAAAUUGCACUGUCACAGUGAAGGCGAUCCCCAUCCCAAUGUGGAGUGGUUUAAGGAUGGAGAAUCUUUGGGAGUGAAAAAGAGAACGAGCGUUGAGGCAGAUGGAUGGACGUUAAAUUUGAGAUAUCUUUCCGUUGGUGAUUCAGGAAAAUACACAUGUCGUGUAAGCAAUAAUGUAGGCACGAUCAACAGAACUUUCAAUAUCAUCGUAAAAGCGCGAUUGCCAAAGCUAGAGAUGGAGGAAACGAAAAAACCAGAGCGCGAAGCAAUUUUUGGCGACAACGUGAGAUAUGAUUGCAAAGCUACGUCAGCCGGUGAUGUAAAAGUUGAUUGGAUAUGGAGAGACGUGAAUACUAACAAGUCGCUUGAUUUAAAGAAAUCGAAGCUGUUCGGUACAAAGUAUACAACAAAUCUUAUUAAAACGUCUCACAACAGUAAGCACUACUAUUUUGAUUCUCAUCUCAUCAUCAAAAAUGUGAGCAAGCAGGAUGAAGGAAAGUACAUUUGCAUUGUAAAAAAUGGUCAAAGAAGUUUUAAAGCAAUCUAUGAACUUCGCGUAAAAGACUCAUUUCUCGUCAAAACUCCACCAGCUGAUGAUGUAGCGAACGAGGAAACGGAAGAGGAAUUAUCCGUUUGGCUUGUGAUUCUGAUCGCGAUAUCUUUCCUCUUGUCAAUGAUACUUGUGGGUGUUUUUAUUCUAUACUGUAGAAAACAGCGUAAGCAUCUCGAGAAACAGUACGUUCAGGAAUACAAACCACGAGACCUGUUACAGCAGUAUGCGGAACCACGUGGUAAACCGCUAUCUUCUUGCUUUACUGAGAUGUAUUCGGCAAAUGAAAGAACAUUAGAACAAAAAAAAUUAAGCUCAAAUACUCCAAGAACUUAUCCUAAUUUGACGGCAGAUAGACAUCGUAAUCUCUUUGACAGUGAAUGUUACGCGCAAGUGGAAGAAAAUUGUUUCUCGGAAAAUUCACUUCCUGCAUUAGAUUCUAGUUUGUUUGUCGAGGAGAAAACUCCAACUUGCACUAACUUAUCGUCAUUGUUGGACAAUGAUGAAAGGCAAGGUCCUUCUUCACUUAUUGACUCUCCUCGUAACAAGAAUCCACAAAGAUCAAAAGAAUCUAUUGUAUGAAAUUUAUUUACAGAGAAUUUUGUGAUUAUUUAUAUCUAUUGGAUGGCAUGCAUUGCCGACAGUCGAUGAUUGCUUUGUUGGUCGUAGAAUGAUCGUCGAAGGUCGCCAAUGCAGAGAAACAGACUUAAGUGUGUUUAACUGCGAAGUUGGUGUGGCUAUUCGAAAUUUGUUAGUUUCGGUCUGUUUAUUUAAACUUUGAGUUAACCAAACAUGAGUUCAAGAUAUUUCUUUCAAAUUGCUCAUGUCGAUACUCUUUUGUCAAUAGCAUCAAACACGGAACUGCUUUAAAAAAUCAUGGAUCUUUUCCCAAUUAAAGCGAUUGAACAGUUUUAAAAACUGAAUUUAUUAGUUUUGUGUGGAACGAUUGUGUAUAUAAAAACAUAGUGUGUAUAAAAAUAACAUUGUAUAAAAUAUAUUUAACAGUAAUUGUAUGUACGUGAAUGCACUUUGGAAAAGAAGAAUAAGAUAGAGCAACGAGAGCAUUUCAAAUCAUAAAACUUUGUCUAUUGAA